AUGCAGAGUUUAAGCAAAAGUCGUGAAGAUCUGGUGACAGCCUCUAAGUUAGCCUCACAGAUAGCUUUAGCCUCGUACAAACAUCAGCGGCAUGGCAGCAGUCCGAAUUUGUAUCGCGAUCAGACGGAUAAUAUACAAAAGAGCAUUGCCUGCCUGCAGGAAGACCUCGGUCACCUAGGCCUUGGCGGUCCUACCGAUUUGCCUUAUAAACCCGAAAUUACACAUCAACAUCAGCACCAGCCUCACAAAAAUGUCGUUGUCGAUUUGAGCGACAGCAGUGCGGAGAAUACCUGCCAGCAUCGAUGGCCCCCAAAUGGGGGUACGUUCGGUCAUGGCGAUAAACCCAUCGGAUGGAUGUAUGGCCUAUUGGGUUGUAUGAAACCGGUGUUGUCGUUUAUCGGCAAGGCCGGUGUCAUCGAAAUUAAAAAUCAAAAAACAGAAGAUUGGGAAAUACCCUUCGAAUCGAUAACCGAUUUGCAAUGGUUGGGUAGUGGUGCCCAGGGGGCGGUCUUCAGUGGCAAAUUGAAAAAUGAAAUUGUUGCCGUCAAGAAGGUCAAAGAUGUCAAGGAGACAGAUAUAAAGCAUUUACGAAAAUUGGAUCAUGAGAAUAUCAUUAAAUUCAAAGGUGUUUGCACCCAAUCACCGGUGUAUUGUAUCAUCAUGGAGUUCUGCCCCUAUGGUCCGCUACAAAAUAUACUCAAAGAAGCCGAUUGUAUGAAACCGUCCCGCCUCGUUUCCUGGUCGAAACAAAUUGCCUUGGGCAUGCAGUAUUUACAUUCCCACAAAAUUAUACACCGGGAUUUGAAGAGUCCAAACAUUCUGAUCAGCGCCGAACAAUUGGUCAAGAUCAGCGACUUCGGCACCAGCCGUGAAUGGAAUGAGAUUAGCACCAAAAUGAGCUUUGCCGGCACAGUGGCCUGGAUGGCGCCCGAAGUCAUACGCAAUGAGCCGUGCUCCGAAAAGGUGGACAUUUGGUCCUACGGUGUCGUCCUCUGGGAAAUGUUAACCUGUGAAAUACCCUACAAAGAUGUCGACUCCUCAGCCAUUAUCUGGGGUGUGGGUAAUAAUUCCCUUAAGCUACCCAUACCCUCUAGCUGUCCGGAUGGUUUCAAACUCCUAGUGAAAUUGUGCUGGAACACAAAACCCCGAAACCGUCCAUCAUUUCGGCAAAUUCUCUCUCACUUGGAAAUUGCCGGACCCGAAUUGCUGCGUAAAACGGGUAAACAAUAUUUUGAGACACAACGCUCCUGGAAGGAGGAGGUACGCUCGCACAUGAAAGAAAUGACCCAGAAUGGAACAAGUAUACAUAAAUUUGAACAAGACUUGAUAAGGAGGCGAACAGCGGAAUGGAGGCAUGCUCAAGAUAUACGCAUGGUCUACGAAGAUAAAUUGGAGAAGACAAAUCGUUUAUAUUUAGAAUUGAGUGAGUGUAUGUCCCAGCUGCAGGAGAAGGAAAAGGAAAUUGCCGAGCGUGAAAAGAAACUACCCGGCUAUAAGCCUUCCAGACGUUUUGGUACAACCUUACGUAAAAUGCAGUAUUAUCGACGAAGACUCAAUGCACCGCCCAUGAUGAUAGCAGCUGCUUCGACAGGGCAGAUCCAAGUGCAACAACAGCAGCAACAACAAGAGCAAUCAUCAACACCAAAUCCUCAAACAACACCGGAGAGUCCCGAAAAAUGUACCCUCUAUGCUCAAUUGGAUGGCAAUACAUCCCAGCCGAAAUCGUAUUGUGUGGCCACACAAAAAUCCAAAAACAAAUCCCGACAUCGUCGUGUUGGUUCGGGAACCUUUGCCACAGCGGCACCCAAAUACAGUCCAUGUCGUGAUCGCCGCUAUCAAAGUGAACCGGAAAAUCGUAAAAAUAAAAUGGUCGACACAGAAACACAGACCGAUGCCAUGGAUGUUAGUGAACCGGAUAUAAGUCCAAGCGCCUAUUUUGCCACACAUGAUAUGGCGACAAUGUUAAAUCACUGCCCCGAAUUGACACAAGCCAUAGAUUUGAAUUCCCCACAACAACAACGAAAUUCACAACAAUUUGCCCAACCACAAACGGCGGUGGCCAGCCAGCAAACCACCACCGCUCAGCAUAGAAAUCUGCAGCACAAUCAAAUGGUGAGCGAACAACAACAACGAAUACAACAACAAGCAGCUCAGUACAAUACAUCCCCAUCCUCCCCAUUGGCCAUAACACCCACAAGCCCCAAUGGUAAUGGUUCCCCCCUCACCACCAGUGAUGUCACAUUUCAAGAUGCCUGCUCUAGUCCCGAUCAGCUAUUGGAUGAUGUUAUGAACAGUAACGAACGUUUGGAUAUUGCCGAUUGUUGUAGUGAUAAUGAAAAUCUCGAGAGAUUGGGACGUAAGGUUAUCGAACUUAUCACGGAGAAUCGUCUUUCCAUGCAAUCGUCAUUGUCGAAUACCUCGACAACGGGUCAUACACCUCCCAUACAGAAUGUGUCACAACCGUUGACACCGGAAAAUGGCAAUUCGGAAUGUUUGACAGUGAUGAGGGGUGAGAUUAUGGAUGUGGUGAACAAUAGUUCGGCAGCGGUGGAAAUGCGUACACCCCGCUUGUCGCGAUGUGCAAGUUUGCAUAGGAACUCUGGAAGGCAGCAGCAGCCGCCACAGCUGCUACAGUCACAAUCCAUGGCCAGUUGUGGUGAUGUCACAAAUGCCAAUGGCGGCGGCGAAUCCAAUGAAGAUUUCUGCAAUGAUAGCUGGUCCGAUGAGGAGGGUGAGGAUACCGAUUACAACUAUUCCUUGAGGAGAAGAAGUAUUGGCCGUCUUCCUAUUGGUCGUGGACGACCCCGACGCUCUUACAAAACUCCCGUAACACCAAAAAUGCCCAUACAAAGCCACAAACGUAACACCAUCAUCAUUUCCGAUGAAGAGAAUACCUCCGAGUAUAGCCACUCACCCUCAAGUCAACAUUCCACAUUGGAAAGUAAUCCCGAUAUGCCGGAGGCCUUGCAAAAAAUGGCAGUGGCCGCAGCAGCUAAGAAAAAUACAACAAAACAACAUGAUACAGAAUCCGGUGAAGAUGAUGAUGAGGACAACGAUGAAUCUUAUGACUUGCCAAGUGUUUCAUCGGCGACCCAGCAACGACAAGUACAAUUAACGGUGUAUAAUAAAAAGAAAUGCUCCACCGGAAAUUCAAAUGAAGGUGACAGGCCUUCACAGGCUUCCUUUAAUAGCAGACAACAACAGCAGCAACGUACUAAUAAAAAUGAUAUUAUUUCAAUACCAACCUAUGACAAAGAUGGAGCUAUAAAUAUGGUUUGA